AUGGACAGCACUUCGCCAACUGCCAAGAUGAGCACUUCCGGUAAAAUCAUCUCCGGAAGGAUUGUGAUGAAGGACUCCAAGAAGACACCCGCCGCGAAGCCAAAAGGAAGGAAGAACUCCAAGAAGAACUCCAAGAAGACACCCGCCGCGAAGCCAAAAGGUCAGCUGAAGUAUAUUAUGCCUACUAAGUCUUGUACUGGCACAGCCCGGUCCAAGCAUCCCCACCCAUCCAUAGCUGCAAUUGGGAAGGCUCAUGCUGACGCCUUGGAUUCAGAUGACCUCCUUGAAUCGGCAGCAAGUGGGAAGGCUCAUGUCCCCGCACUCCAGAAGAAGAAGCAGCCAACAACAACUACCCAGGAGGAAGCCAACAAGAAGAAGAAGCCAACAACAACUACCCAGGAGGAAGCCAACAAGAACAACUACCUUGCGACCCAGGAGGGCGAAAACACAAAAGGUAGCAAGAAAGGAUAG